AAAACAUAAACAAUCUUGUAUACAUACAGUUUUGAUAUCGAUAUAUAUAUAUAUACAGAUACAUAUUUUUGUGCUUUCAAGUUAUAUUCACACCCAACCAUUGAACAAUUGAUAGAAUUGCAGAUGUCUGACUUAAAUAAUUUCAAAAAAGCUGAUUUAACCAGUGUUGCUCGUAAAGUUGGUAUUCAUGUUGUUAGUAAAGAUACUAAAAAAAUUUUAAUUGAAAAAAUUUCUAACUAUAUUGAACAAAAUCCAACCCAAGCUGUGGAAACCAUCAAAGCAAUUGAACAGAAACACCAGGAUUCCACCAAUUCUGAACAACAAACCUUGGUUGAUGAAGCAUCUGAUGCAGAAGAAGUUGAUACUGAGGAAGCAGAAGCUGAUGAAGAAGAUGAAGAAGCUGAUGAAGAUGAUUCAGCUGAUCCAGAUUACAAUGGCCCCCCACCAAUUGAUUUGAAAUCAAAAGUUAUUGAUCCAAUCAUUGAAUUUGUUGAAGAAACAAAGGAUAAAAUUUAUGACUUUACUGAUUCAGUUGGUAUUACCGCACUUGAAUAUAGCGAUGAAUUAAGAGAAAAAUUAUCUAGUACUGUUACUAUUAAUUACGCUGAAUUGGUUUUUGAAGUUUUCUACUUUUUCUAUACUUAUGUGCCAUUAGUUCCAAUUAAAAAUAAUGACUCAAUUCAUCAAGUUUUUAAAGAUAAUUUUGAUAUUUUAAAUGAUUUAGAAUGUGAAAUUCCGGAUUUUACCGCUUUAUGGGAUUUUGAUAUUGCUUCGGUCUUUUUCAAUUGGGGGGUUUAUGCUGUUGCUUUACCUUUAUUGAUUUCUUAUUACGUAAACUUCACUAGAAGAAGUAUCGUUAUUGGAGGCUUAUCUGAUUCUGAUGAUGAAGAUGAUGAAUUUGAAGAUGAAACUGAUGAAAUCAUUACUAGAAUUUACGAAUAUGAUCCACUUGUUUUUGCUUUAUCAAAAGUUAUUAUUUUCUUUUUCGUUAUUAAAAAUUCAAGUACUUUAACUACUUUAAGUAGUUAUUCGGGUAUUUUCAAUGCUUUGAAAAAUCAUUUCUUAAUUCAAUUAGGUCUUUAUGGUAAAUUCGCUGAUGGUUUAGGUAAUUUCCCAAUAGUCAUUGGUUUAUUCAGUGUUGUUAUUGCCAUUUAUUCCCAAUUCGAAAAUGAUUUUUAA